AUAUACUCCAGUGACUUUGAUGCUGCGAAUAAUAGCUAUCUGAUUGGAUCAAAUCGGCUUUCUGAUCAGGUUUUUAGGGAAGGAAUCAGGAUUCUCCGCUUCGGUCCUCCAACCCAGCUGCCCUGUUCUCCUUUCAUGCUGUCUCCCUCUCACUGCCUUUUUCUCUGAGCCUCGUUCUAAUUUUGGAAACAUGGAACCUCGGGGAGUGCUCUUUCAAAGCUAUUUACAUCUUUGCUGCUCUUCCUCCUCCUCUAAUUCUCUCUCUGUCCUCCUCAGCAAGGAGGGGAACAGCAAAAAGAUCCUUUGAUGUUACAGAGCAGGGGGAACUUGGCUUCUCCUUCGUCUGGGAAUUUUGUUGUUGUUCGGCUCACAAAAUCAGUCAUCGGGAUGGGAUUGAUAUGAACCUGGUUUUCCUUUGUUGGGAUUUUUGACCCAGACCAGCCACCGCAACAGAAUGAACAAACUUUCCUCCCUUUUGCUAAACACUGAUGGAUAGCUCACCAAGUUCACCAGCCGUUGUCACUGUUUUCAGGAGCCAGCAGAGGAUUUAGGGAGAUCUAUGGAAGCCUGGUCUCUUAUCAUUUACUAUUACUCUAAUCCCCUAAAUCCCAUUGGAGAGAGAACUUCCUGGAAACCAUACCUGCUUUGAAGAAGAAGAGGAAUUAAUUAAGGUGUCGGAGACCAAUCACAACAACACAAACCAAGCAGCCACAGAAGUCCCAAGCAAAUCUGCGAUCCCAACCGGGGCUGGAUUACGCAAUAAGACACUUGUGCUUGUGUUUUUUUUUUUAUUUGAUGGGGCAGUUAAGACCUAAUUGAGUAUUUUUGUUCCACAAUCUGUGGCAGAUUUAGCCUCUCUUAAACUAUGCUGCUACAUCUGAGGUGCAGCUGACUGCUUUCCCUUCACCUACUUAAGCAGCAGUUUUUUGUCCUGGCAUGCUGGUGCAUCCCACAGUGACAGGAUUGUGCACCAUGCUGCAGACCAUCUAUGAGACUGAAUCCUGUUUUUCCACUGGCAGCACAGACAGCCGCCACAAGCCUCUGGAGCUCCUCAACGGCAGCAGGGGCACUGGUGCUGACAUGACUGCUGCUGUCUUGGAGGUAAAUAGCAGCCUACCAUCAGGUAUGCAGAGCCCAGUCGAAGAAACAAGUGAGCAACGAGGAGGCGGGGGGGAAGGCGGUGGUGGUUCUGGAGAAGGCCCAGGUGGAGGUGGAUGCCCAGUCGACCUGAGAACAGAGCCCAGGGUGGGGUCUCUGUCUGGUGGCGGAGCAGUGGACACUACCCUGAGAGAGCAACAGCUUCAGCAGGAGCUGGUGCUCCUCAAACAGCAGCAGGAACUCCAGAAACAGCUGCUGUUUGCUGAGUUUCAGAAAAAACAUGAAGUGUUGACAAGACAACAUGAGGUUCAGUUACAGGAGCACCUAAAGCAACAACAGGAGCUGCUGGCAGCAAAACGGCAACAAGAGAUGGAGCACAAAAGGAAACUGGAGCAACAAAGGCACGAAGAACAGGAGAAACAGAGAAUGGAACAACAACUGUUGCUGCUGAGGAACAAAGAGAAAAGCAAAGAGAGCGCCAUUGCCAGCACAGAAGUCAAGCUAAAGCUGCAGGAGUUCCUUCUCAGUAAGAAAGAGCCUGGUCCAGGAGGACUCAACCAUUCCUUCUCCCCAAAGUGCUGGGGAGGCCAGCACACCUCAUUGGAGCAGAGCUCUCCACCUCAGAGUAACACCCCCGGAACCCCUCCCUCCUAUAAACUCCCCUCUCUGCUCGGCAACUAUGAGGGUAAAGAUGACUUCCCUCUCAGAAAGACGGUCUCGGAGCCGAAUCUGAAGGUCCGCUCCAGGUUGAAGCAAAAAGUGGCUGAGAGGCGUAGCUCCCCGCUCCUGCGCAGGAAGGACGGAACCGUCAUCAGCGCCUUCAAGAAAAGGGCCAUUGAGAUAUCAGUUUCCACCCUCUGUAAUAGCGCUCCAGGUUCAGGUCCCAGCAGUCCCAACAGUUCCAACACAGCGAUCGCCAAUGGCAACACGGGAUCAGUCCCCAACAUACAGACUGAGCUGAGAUCUCUUCAUCAGACUCUGGGGGCUGAUGGGACAUUGAGUCAUCUUAGCCUCUACACUUCACCCUCCCUACCCAAUAUCUCCUUAGGCCUUCCAGCCAACACACACAUCACAGCACCUCAGAAGCUGACCAAUCAGCAGGAGGCAGAACGUCAGGCCAUCCAGUCCUUACGAGGGGGCGGAGCUCUUACGGGAAAGUUCCUCUCAACUUCUUCCAUACCUGCAGGUGCUGCUCAUGAUGUGGAGACUCCGCCCCCCAACUCUCAUUCAGCCCAUUCCUCAUUGCUGCAACAUGUCCUGCUGCUGGAGCAGGCCCGACAACAAACAGCUAUGCUCGGGCCCAUGUACAAUCAAUCACCACUGGUUACUGCAGAAAGAGGCGUCAGCACUGGAAUGCGGCCCAUCACCAAGCUGCCCCGGCAUCGACCAUUGGCUCGCACACAAAGUGCUCCUUUACCCCAGUCACCCCAGGCCCUGCAGCAGCUGGUAGUCCAACAGCAGCACCAGCACUUCCUUGAGAAACACUACAAGAUGUUAUCAAAAGGGGGGGACCUCCCUAGACCACCACCCACUCACCCUGAGGAGAUAGAGGAGGAGCUAACAGAGAACAAUGACAUGCAGGAAGACGAAGGGGCGGGGCAACACAGGCUGCAGAAGGAGGGAUCAGAUGACAGCAGCCAUUCAUCUGAGCGAAUAGGUGUGCACAUAAAGGGGGAGGAGGAGCCCAGGAUAAUGCAUGUAAAAGGCGACAGCACGGAGAGUGAGCUGGAUGAAGAUGAGGAAGAUGAUGAUGUCAUCCAGCUAAGAGAGAGCGAGGAAGAGGAAAGGGGCAGCUACAUGCAGCAGUCUUUGCAGCAUCUGAGUGUGUUUUCGUCCUCGCUGCCCCACAGACCUCUGGGAAGAGCCAAGUCGUCCCCUGCAUCCGCUGUCAAUCCCAUCAAACACCUCUUCACCACCGGAUUGGUAUAUGAUAGCCUAAUGCUGAAACAUCAGUGUGUGUGUGGUAACGCUCACAUCCACCCUGAGCAUGCUGGGAGGGUCCAAAGCAUCUGGUCCAGACUGCAGGAGACUGGUUUACUGAGUCGCUGUGAGAGGAUUCGUGGGAGAAAAGCGUCUCUAGAUGAGAUCCAGUCGGUCCAUUCAGAGUUCCAUACCUUGCUGUAUGGAACUAGCCCGCUCAAUCGUCACAAACUGGACCACAAAAAGCUUUUGGGUCCUAUCAGCCAGAAGAUGUAUGCUGUUCUUCCCUGUGGGGGGAUAGGGGUGGACAGUGACACCGUGUGGAAUGAAAUGCACUCAUCAGCGGCAGUCCGCAUGGCAGUCGGCUCAGUUAUUGAGCUGGCCUUUAAAGUGGCUGCAGGGGAACUAAAGAACGGCUUUGCAGUCGUGCGUCCACCUGGUCACCAUGCUGAGGAAUCCACAGCCAUGGGGUUUUGUUUCUUCAACUCAGUAGCCAUCACUGCCAAGCUGCUGCAGCAGAAGCUUGGAGUGGAAAAGAUCCUGAUUGUGGACUGGGACAUUCACCAUGGCAACGGCACCCAGCAGGCCUUCUACAAUGAUCCAAAUGUUCUCUACAUAUCUCUGCAUCGGUACGAUGAUGGAAACUUCUUUCCUGGCAGUGGAGCACCAGAGGAGGUAGGCUCAGCAGCAGGAGUUGGAUUUAAUGUAAACAUAGCAUGGACUGGAGGGGUGGAGCCUCCUAUGGGUGAUGUGGAGUACCUCACUGCCUUCAGGAGUGUGGUAAUGCCCAUCGCCCAGCAGUUCAGUCCCGAUGUGGUCCUGGUGUCGGCAGGCUUUGAUGCAGUGGAAGGUCAUCAAUCUCCUCUGGGGGGCUACAAUGUUUCUGCACAAUGUUUCGGUAAGCUGACGCAGCUGCUAAUGGGACUGGCAGGAGGGCGAGUUGUAAUGGCACUGGAAGGCGGUCAUGACCUCACUGCUAUCUGUGACGCUUCAGAGGCCUGCGUUUCUGCACUCCUCGGAGAUCUGUGUGACUCUGGGUUUCAGUGGCCUCCAGAGAAACCUUGUCCAAAGGCUUGUGCCUCCCUGGAGAGAGUAAUAGAAAUCCAGAGCAAACACUGGCCGUGUCUCCAGAGCUUGUCUCAAACCAGCGGCCAGUCCCUCCUUGCAGGGUCACCAGGGGCCCAGGGCCAGUCUGAGAGGGAUGAGGCUGAGACGGUCAGCGCCAUGGCCUCACUGAGUGUUGAUGUGGAGCAGCCAUGUUCAGUUCCUGAAAGCAAAGAAACCAGCAGGUCAACAGAGGAGCCAAUGGAGGAAGAGCCUGUCUUGUAAAGUGGAACUCAUUCCCAGAGAAGACAAAAACACCUCCACCUCCUUCUAGCACCUCCUGCUCCUCCAUAGUGUGUAUGUACAGACACACACACAUACACAGCACACACAUAGGUAGUGUGGGACUGAAUGCUUGUGGAGGACUCUGAUUGGCUGAAAACAUUCACACGAGGUAGGCGAGGCAAUCCUGUACAACAGCAGGAACGCAUCUGUUUUCCUCUGGUUCAUCCGUGAAAGGAGGUGCAGACGACUUGUUGGCAUCUCCGUGGAAACCAAAGACGAGGAGCAUCAGCAAGGUCUCAUUUUUCUAUACAGCACCAGUUCACAACAUCACCCGACUUUGUCCAGUUGUUCUUCUUUUUUAUUUCCAAUCUACGCCUCUGUGUCCUCAGAGGAACGGAAUAAAAAAAAACUUUUAUCUGGUCGGAAUGUCGGACAUCGAGCGGACGACUUGUCUUCUUGAGUCUGUGUCAGUGAAAACAUCAGGUGAAACGUGUUUUUACAAAAUACUGGGGGAGCAAGAACUAUUGGUGCCUUUUUCUCUGUCUGAUAACACGAAUUAUUCAAUCAGAAUCUACAUUUCACUGCCAGUGCACCUCAGCCAAGCAAACAGCCAAUAAGGACUGAAGAACUGGUCGGAUGGAGAACACACGGCCACACAUAUACUGCUGUUGCUUUACUCACUCAGUGUAUAUCGUAUUGUUUCUUAUAUGUGUUUUUCAUCUGAAUGCCUUAGUUUUUCAUCUUUUUUUCAACGAAGAUGGGAUCAGAGGAUUUGGUGAGCUGUACAUUUUUCAGGUAUUCCUAAAAAGACAUCGUCAGCACAAGUGGAAAUGUUUUGUUUUCUUUUUUUAUUUAAAAAAAGAAGAAGCUAAUUUGAAUGUUUGUAGUUAGGUUAAUGUAAAAUCAAUUCUGAGGAUACUAUCUCAGGAUACGUUCACCUUAUACAAAACAUGUGCAUCACAAUGCGGUCCUUCAAACCCAUCGGUUGUUUCUUUUAUAAGUCGUGUGACCUGAGCCCCCACCCUAUUCUCUUCUCUAAAGGAGAUUUUGGAUUCUGGCACUUUUUCAAAUAUUACAAUGGCUUCCCCUUGCUUUCAUUGUAUAAUUAACACUAGUAUUUCUUUUUUGGUGUAAUUACUGUCCACCAUCAAGUUGCACACUGUAACAUCACAGCAUGUGGUAGUGAGGUCUGUUUUUACUACAUCUGUACAUAUGUGUAUGAAUAAACUACAAAAUACUUUCUCCUUUGUAUGAAAAUGGAAAAAAAAAACAAAUAUUUAAACAGUGUUUUAACCAAUCAAAUUAGAUUUCUGAAUAUAUUCUAUUGGAAAAUCUGAUAUUUUAAACAUUUGGCUAUUUGACAGGGAGCUAGUGCACGGCUUGAUGGCAACCGCCGUCACCGCAGCCUGCUUGUUUGUUUGUUUACAGAUGCCAAGGGAUGAAUGGAUGUGUCUUUUGGUGGAGGAUGUUGCGCUGGCAGGACCAUUACUCU